AGAUAAUGGUUUGGUUACUGGUGAAUCGAAGGAGUUAUGCUUGGUCUCCAAAGCCGGAAUUUACAUCUCUGUAGAUUCAAAGAAUCGAAUAGAUCAAGCCAUGCUUAUUGGUUUUUUAAAUCAACCGAGAAGCUCAAAAUCUUCCUGGGCAAUGGUUUGGAGGCAGGUGAAUCGUUGGAGGUAUGUCUGGUUAGCAGUGCUGAAGGGUUUUCUCUCAGUGUGGGUUUAUCACUAGCCUGAGCUUGUCUCGUGGAAUCUAUGGGUGCGCUUUAGCAGGAAAGAGAAGCUCCUUCCUUGUUGCCGGCAGUACUUUACCAGAUUUCCUGAUGAACGAGAUCCACGAGUUGAGUUUUCCAGCUAUCAAAUAUGAAGAUGCAAUUGAGUGGUUAAAAGGAAUUGUGGUCUCAAACUUGGCUCAUCGCUGAUUUUUUAUUAAGUUGUUUUGUUCCUUUAUGUCAUCUUAUGGGAGUAUAUGGUGGAUAGAGGUGGAUGCCUGCUAUGGCUGGAUAGGGUGGUUGGUGCUCUUAGAUCGCCUUUGGUUCGGGAUGUGAUUAAGAAUGAUUCUGAAGCUACAGAAUCCAAUACUCAAGAGUUGGUGUGAAGAGAAACUAUUGCACUAGUUUGGCGAUGGUGUUUCUAGAUGUUGUCAUGGUAUCUGCUGCCAAUCUGCUUAGAUCUGAAAGUUUGGUAUGGUUUUGUGCCUCUAUAGCAACAGGGAUUGGAGUGAUGGAGAUUAGCACAGUAGUGCAGCAAUACCUUUUUAUAUCACCAAGCCUUUUCCAUUUUGCUGGUAUUCUUCCAGAGAAGAAUGAUUCAGAGUUCACACCACAACACAACUUGGAAAAAAGGAUGAGCUGCUGGCCUUUGGCUGGGGAACUACCACCCCCUUGCUUUCUCAAUGUGGCUGCAGAUCAUUCUUCCAGAGUUGGCUAUUUAUCAAUAGUUUCUGUGGUUUUGGUUUUCUUGAUAUAUUUAUAGUGGUAUUAAAUUAUCAAUUAAAAA